AUGAAGUUCUCUCUCGGCUCCCUCGUGCUCUCAGCAGCAUCGAGCCUCGUUGUCGCCCUCCCCAUCAACGAUACCCAGGACGUCUACGAUGCGAUCAUCGUCGGCGGUGGCCCGUCUGGUCUCAGUGCCGCGAGUGCCCUCGGCCGUGUGCGCCGUAACACUCUCCUCAUCGACUCUGGCGAGUACCGCAACGCGCCUACCAGACACAUGCACGAUGUCCUCGGCUUCGAUGGCGUCACUCCCGCAUGGUAUCGCUACGCCGCCCGCGAGCAAAUCUCACACUAUAACAGUGUCACGUUGACCAACGGCACCGUCACCAAGAUUGGAGGCAGCGAUGCCACCGGCUUCGUGGUCUCCGCCAACUACGCCGACAACUCGACCAAGACGGUCCGCGCACGCAAGAUCAUCUUGGCCACCGGUCUGCAGGACGACCUUCCCGAGACCCCGGGGCUGUGGGAGAACUGGGGCAAGGGUAUCUACUGGUGCCCCUGGUGCGACGGUAACGAGCACGCAGACCAAGCCCUUGGCCUCCUCUCCUCAACCUUUGACGACCUCCCCUCCCUCGCCCGCGAGAUCCUCACCCUUAACACUGACUUAAUCGCCUUUGCAAACGGCACCGACACCCCCGCCGCCCGCGCUGAGACGGAGGCCAAGAACCCCAAGUUCCAAGAAUACCUCGACCUCCACAACGUCACCAUCGACAACCGCACCAUCACAGCCAUCACCCGCCUCAAGGACGGCGGCAACCCGCCCCACGACCCUUCCCUGCCCACCGCGCCCGAGGAGGACCUCUUCUCCGUCAGCUUCAGCGAAGGAGAGCCCGUCGAGCGUGCCGCCUUCUUCCUGAGCUACCCGGACGAGCAGCGCAGCACCAUUGGCGCCGAGGCCGGCGUGCAGCUCUGGGGUGGUCGUCUGGCUGCUGAUGUGAGCAAGGGCUACGCGACCAACGUGGCGGGUAUCUACGCCAUUGGCGAUGCCAACUCGGACAAUAGCACCAACGUUCCCCACGCGCUGUACACGGGCAAGAGGACUGCUGUCUUCCUGCACGUUAAGCUCGCGAAAGAGGAUCAGGCUCAGGAGACCGGUGUCAACGUCACUGCUCUGAGAAGAGAGUUGGACCUUGAGGAGCGUUCUAUCUGGGACGUCGCGAACGGUCAGCCUACCGACAUUCUGUAUGCCGGCGAGUAUGACCAGUAA